CAAUUAUUGUCGAAUACCAGCUAGUCAAAAUUGUUAUUGUUUAUUAUUACUGUUUCGGUAUCUUGUGUGUGUGGUUUUCUGCAGUUUAAUAAAAUUGUGAAAAAAUGCCUUCAAAAAAUAAUCAAAAGAAAAUUUCAUCGGAAUUGACUUUCAAUCAGAACGCGAAUGACAAAUUAACUACAACCGGCGUGGAACAAUAUUUCGAUGAUAAAUUUAUUGAUCAAGUUCGCCAGUCAUUGCUAACCAACGAUGUAAGUCAAUUUGAUAAAAUUGAUGUUGAACGAUUACAAUCAAAUGAUGAUUGGUUCAUACGGCGAUUUCUGGCAUGGCGACCCACGACCAUCGAUGAGGCGAUCAAAACAAUGAUUCAGGCAUUGUUAUGGAGAAAAGAGAUCAACAUCAAUGAAUGGAAAGAUACAGAUUUUCCCAGCGAAUUUUUUCAAAUUGCCGCAUGUUUUCAUUAUCUACCUGAUCGUGAGAAUAAAAAUAUUCUUAUAUUACGUAUGCGUUUUAAUCGAAAAGAACCAUUAGGUGUAGCUUCGAUUGAAACAAUGGUUCGAAAUUUUUUUAUCUAUAUUGUUGAAAAAAUUGUCAGCCAACAUCCAAAUCAAGGAUUUGCAUUAAUAUUUGAUUGUUGGAAAGCAUCAUUAUCGAAUGUUGAUAUUGAUAUGGCUCGUUUCAUAAUAAAUACAUUAUCCAAUUAUUAUUCCGGUGCCAUAUCAUAUGUUUAUAUCUACGAACUUCCAUGGAUAUUGAAUCAAAUAUGGCGAAUAGUACGAUCAUGGCUUGAUGAAGAGGCGAAAAGUAUCGUAAAAUUUGUAACGAUAAAUAAUAUAUUUCAAUAUAUAGAAGCAUCAAAUCUACCCGAUUAUAUGGGUGGCUGUUGUCGUAAAGAUUAUCGUUUUGUACCAAAAGGUGUACCAACAUUGGAAGAAAUGUUAACCGAUAAUGGUGAUACAAAAAAAUUCGGCAUCAAAAGUGAUAAGGAUUUGAAAAAAUUGAAUGAGCAUUUUCAAAAAUUGAUUAAAUUACAAUAGAAUUAAACAAUUUCUAAAAAAUCAACAUUCAAGUUGAUUCAUAUAAUUGGACUCUCUGGCAGAUAAAAUGGCACAAUAGAACAAUACAAUAAAUUGAUCAUCUUAGAUUGUAUUGUAUUCAGUACAUUCCAUUUAAUUGCAAUUAUAUAAUAUUUUUUUUUCAUUCUCUCUUCGUU